AGCUGGCUCCAUUUGGUGCAGUCCUCCCCGCCGCGACAUGAGCCUUUUGCGCUCCUGCAGCCGCACGAGUCUUACCUCAGAGGCCGUCAGCUUCGCCCUGCAGGAUGUGCUGCAAAACAUCCAGGGCCUGCAGAAGGACCAGACCUUGCAGCUCCUAGCACUGGACCGACUGGCGAAGCAGGUGUCUACCUUGACUUCGAACGCGGCCGUGCCGGAGCCGGAGAAGGCGGAGGAGCCGGCGGAACCUUCCGAGACGUCCGAGACCUCUGAGCCGCGGUUGCCGGAAGACACGGGCGAGGAGGGAAAACCUGGAUACGUGCGGCAGGUGUCCAGGAACACAACCAGAGUGAUCCGCGACGAGUUCCGGGACUUCCUGAAGGAGCACCGGAACCUCGCGCAGCUCUUCGAGAGCGACGAGGACGCGGAUCAUCCCUGGUACCGACAGCUGGGCCAAGCGGUGGUGGAGCACCGCGUCUUCGAGAAGGGCAUCGGCGUGGUGAUUCUGGUGAACUCCGUGAUGCUGGGCAUCGAGACGGAGCUGGCCAUUCAGAACCAGCCUUCUGCCUGGCCCGCAGACUUGGAGUACAUUUUCAUGAGCAUCUACACCACGGAGUUGAUCUUGCGGCUGAUGGCUUAUGGCUUGGCCAAGUGCUGCGUGGACGGCUGGUUCAUCUUCGACAGCCUGCUGGUCUUCGUGGCGUAUGCGGGCAAGCUGCUGCCGCUGAUCCUGGGCGCGGCCGGCGAAGGGGGCGUGGUGGACCAGAUCAUGGUGGUGCGGAUGCUGCGGAUCCUGCGCUUCGUGCGGGCCCUGCGGGUGAUCAAGCAGUUUGGCACCAUUUGGAAGCUCAUCCGCGGCCUGCUGACCUCCUUCGACGUGAUGGCGUCCGCCUUCGUCUUGGUCAUACUGAUGCUCUACAUCUUCGCAUGCUUGGGGAUGGAGCUGAUCGGCGGAGAUGAGGAGCUCAAGAACAAUCCGGCGACGCAGCUCUUCGCCACCGAGAGCUUCUCCUCGGUGUGGCAGUCCAUCAUGACCUUGUUCCAGUUUGUGACCCUGGACUCGACCCCGGCCAUCUACGUGCCUCUGAUCAACGCCAAGCCCAUCUUGGGCGCGUACUUCCUGGUUUUGCUGCUGGCAGUAGGCAUCACGCUGAUGAACUUGGUCACUGCCUCCAUCGUGGAGGCAUCGCUGCAGAGUUCAGAGCUGGACAGGCAGGAGAAGAAGGAGCGCUUGAAGCAGGAGAUGGUGAAGUCGAUCCCGAUCCUCAUGAAGCUGUUCCACGAGCUGGACGUGGACAAGAGCGGCAAGAUCUCACUGGACGAAGUGGAGCACUUUGACAUCAACUGCUUGCCGCCGGUGCUGCGUGACAACAUCAGCGUGGACAACAUGGCGGACCUCUUUGGAGUGCUGGACGUGGAGUCAGCUGGCGAGCUGGACAUGAAGGAGUUCAUCGGAGGCCUGCUGCAGCUGUGGCUGAUGGAUGUGCCGAUUACGACUCUGCAGAUCCUGAAGUUCAGCAGGAUGAAUCGGGCGAAGACAAUGGACUUCUUCACCACGAUCAUGCAGAGGAUCGGCGAGAUAGCUGGACAAGUGGAGGUGCUCUCCCAGGAUCUGAGCAAGACCCAGCUGCAUGACACGAGGUUCUGAGAUGCUUGCGACCUUCUGAAAUUCGGCUGCGCAGCUUCCGCAUGCGACCGCUGAACAUGCGGCACGCAUCUUCGAACCAAUAGACUUCCAUUUGGCGAAUAUGUUCUCCCCUGCUGGU